AUCGUUGGUCGUUAUCAGUGACCUGACGGUGAAUUAACCUCAGUGCGGCUGGCAUCUACAAUUCAUGGAGAGAUAUUUUAAGUCGCGCCGUGCAUUUACUCUGGUUCGAAGCACAAAUCUACAUCGCAUCGCGUAGAGAGGAAAAUUUGACUGUUACUCUGUGACGUUGUGGUUUCCUCGGUAACGUGACAGCGAUACAUGGUCGUUGACAAAACUGUCAACGUCUUCGAGUAUCUUUCAGUAUGCGGCCGUUUCCACGAAUUACUAUGACCUGUAUGUGGUCCUAAUUAGAUUAAGCAAUUAAUACUUGUUUAUCAUUUGAUUGACAACAGUGCAAACUACUGUCGUUCAAACUGUCACUGAGAAGAUUGUCACCAUCUCAAUCUUGUGCUGAAAACUAAAUGAGAUCGAGCAAAAUGUCUGACGCAGUGAAUUUACAUAAAAUCAAUUACGAAUCAAUAAAUGAUCUCGCAGAAAAAGCCAAGAUCAAUUUUAAUGGAAAGGAACCACAUAAUAUAUAUUCAAGACUUCCUGCUAUGCGACAGAAGUCUGAAGCAGCGAGGAAGCAGGGAGACGAUGAGACUGCGUACAUUUUUUUAAAAAGAUGGUUGAAUUCAGUCGAAUGGAUAAAAAAAACUCGGGAUUAUAAGGCUGGUAAAUCAAUCUAUUCCACGAAUAUGACCAUUGAUCAGAUAAAUGAAGUGAAAAACAUACUUGCAGACUUGAAACAAAAAUUAGAGAUACGCUAUGAGCAUAAUUCCAAAAAGCAUAGCAAUACAAUAGAAAAAAUGGAAGUUGAAACAGAUGGGAUAGAAGUAACAGAGAUAUAUGCACCAAACAAUGACAUAGGCUUGAAAUUACCAGAAACACCAACUGAUGAUCCUUUAUAUGGUGAUAGUGAUAAAUUUAUAUCAUGCAAUCAAUUAUAUAAUUUGUUACAAAAAUGUACCAGAUAUUUGAUCAUUGAUACUAGGCAAAAGAUUAAUUAUGACAAAUCUAGAAUAUUUUCUGAUAAAUUCCAAAUUAAAUGCAUUAAUAUUCCACAAUCUGAAAUUAAAACAGGAAUGCUGGGUUACAAGUUUAAGAAAUAUCUUUUAACAUAUGAAGAUAAGCAUUCGUAUGAUUUAUAUAAUUGUCGAGCAGAACGUUAUGUGGACGUUAUAAUCUUGCUAGAUUGGAAUACUACACAAGAGUCUCUGACAACCACUACUCAUGUACAUAUAUUAAAGGAUAUUUUAGAAAAUUGGGAUCCUGGUACAAAGUAUAACAAGAUUAAAAUUCUAAAUGGAGGAUAUCAAGAAUGGCUACAAAGAUAUCCGGCAUUCACGACAAAUCCUAAUGUAGAUAAUCAAGUUAUCAAAUCUGAAAACAUAGAGAACGAAAUUUUAGAGGCAAUCGAAUAUCCGGAAUGGGUAAACGAGAACGAAGUCGAGAUUACGAAGAGCAAGUUAAAUAAUACAAAAGCCUUUAACAUCAAUGUUGACGAGGAGAUGGAUAAAGGUGAUAACAAGUCAGUAAUAUUCAAACAUGCCAGGUCGAGCAGUAAUGAUGUCACUUCUUCAGUCAAACCCAAAAGUUUUACUAGUCAAAUAACGAUAUCAAUCGACAGUAAACGACCGUCUUCGAGAAUCGGUAAUAAUGUGCAUGCGCAAUUAGAGAGUCCAGAUGCAUUAGUUCCUCAACAGAAGAUACCACCGAAUAAAGCACCACAAAAUGAGAUAAACGCGAAGCCAAUCAUCGAUCGCAGCAGUAAACCAGCGGCCUUGACGAACGAUUCACGAUGUAAAGAUAUAUUAAAAUUAAAGAAAGAGCUAACCGAACUGGCGAGAUCAAAGUUGAAACUGACCGAGGAGUUGUUGAGUCACGAAUGUGCGCUCUAUUCGCAGCAUGAUAAAUAUAGUGCCAAUGAUGAAAAAUAUUUACGCGAUGAGAUAAAAUCCUUAAAUGAUAAAGUAGAAGCCAUGCACAAAAUGUAUCUUGAAGUUGAAAAUGAGUUUAAUAUGUAUAUGAAAGAUGCACAUAUGAUAAAAUUUAAUUCCAAUGAUGAAAAAGAGAAGAAUAAUCUUGAACUCAAUCUGUCUCUUUUGAAAAAUCAAAUCAAAGAAAUUGAAAGCAAACGAAAAAAACUGUAUGAAGAUUUGGAAAGGAAGCAAAAAGAAAAAACAAUGAAGCAAAAUGAUAGUGACAUUCAUAAGGAGCCUUUGAAAACGGAUGGUUCAUCCAUUAACACCGGCUUAGAGCGCUCUUAUUCAAGUCCAAAUUUACUACAAUUGGGAGAUCGUAAAGCACCUCAGGUAGAUAGAACUUCUAAGCCCUAUAUAUCGCCUCGCAAACAGAAUGGAUCUAUUGGAAAUGAAAACGUCAAAGUGUCUCCUCUUAGUUGGGGAAAUCGGGAGGAACGAAUGACUCCUAUUCACGGCAGUGUUCAUCCGGGCAUAACCGGCCUGAAGAACUUGGGCAAUUCUUGUUAUAUGAACAGUAUCAUUCAAUGUCUGAGUAACACGACAAAUUUGGCAAAAUAUUUCACCGACAACUCAUACGCCGACGAUCUCAAUACAACUAACGAUAAUAUGACACGAAGCCAAGUCGUGGAGGAAGUAGCUCAAGUAAUUAAAGUACUAUGGAGAGGCCACUAUAAAAGUAUAUCCCCUCAUGAUUUAAAGGUUGCAGUAGGACAACAUAAACUGCAGUUUGAAAAUUAUGAACAACAAGAUUCUCACGAGUUUCUCACGUUUCUCUUAGACUGGAUGCACAAUGAUCUUAAAAAGGAAGCGAAAAUGCCAAUUGAAAUGACCAACGCGGAAAAAGAAUGGGACAAGGCAAUGAAUUCUCAAAGAUCUAUAAUAUCAGAUUUAUUUUUUGGACAAUUAAGAUCUACCAUUACAUGUUCAUUUUGCAAGCAAGCGAGUACUACAUAUGAGACAUUUAAUAGUUUAACCAUGUCUCUAUCUCAAUCCAAUCGAUGUACUUUAAAUGAUUGCAUGGAGAAAUUUGUGACGGGACAAAAGGUGAGCGGAUGGAAAUGUCCGAAGUGUCAGACACCCCGCGACGCAACAAAAAAAUUUGAUUUCGUCAAGCUUGCGCCCAUCGUUGUAAUUCAUUUGAACCGGUUCGCCGACACUGGCGGAUGGUUAGAGAAACGCAAUACUGCAGUUGAUUUUCCACUCACGGGAUUCAAUUUAAAGCCUUAUCUCGUUGUGGAAAAUACGAAGGCGAUGAAUAAUAUUCGCAAUUAUAAUUAUAAUCUUUAUGCAAUGUCCAAUCAUUAUGGAACGAUGGAAGGCGGUCAUUACACAGCGUUUUGUAAAAAUGCUACUUACAACAAAUGGUACAAGUAUGAUGAUCAAACUGUCACGGAAGUGUCGCCGAAUCAAGUAAAGUCUCAAAACACGAGUGCCUAUUUAUUAUUCUAUACCUCGUUUUCGGAUACAAUCAUGUAGUAUGAAGAUAUGCCCACAGACGAGAUUAACACUCGAUUAUGAUUAAAGUUUUAUUAAUUUUAAUGUAAUGCUGUAUAAUCUUUCUCUUACGUAUAAUAUUGCGCUAAAUUUUUGUUUUAUUACUAUGAGGAAGAUUACACAGCAAUAAUUCUUGAUGCUCUGUAGAUAUGAAACAGUAUAUUUUUUAUGAUAAAUCCUAUGCGUGAGCAAAAAAAACGUAUAGGCGCUGUGACGAUAUUGAAAGCUUUUUGUCGGUGCUGGCAUUCAUUAAGAAUAUGUAUGUAAUCUAUGUAAAUACAUAGAACGGUGGCAAUUCCUUUCUGUAUUUCCAUUGCAGUCUUUCGCCUUAAAAAAAAAGUAAAAUAUAGUUCGAGAAUAUUUUAAUACGCGUAUGUGUGUAUAACUUCGUAUAAUUAUAUCUAGAUAUACAUAUAUAUAUAUAUAUUAGUCAAAUUUCAUUCGAUUCAAAUAUAGAUUAUCUUUAUUAGCAUCAUCUCGUAUGUAUUAAUAAUAUAUAGUUCUCGUAUGUAUUAUUAAUAUAUAGUUGAGUUUUUCAGUUGAUUAUUUUGUUUUUGUUUGCUCUUAUGUCAAAACAAAGCGGUGACAGUUUUUUGCCUUAUCGAGUUUAGGUAAAAUUUUCACAGACAAGAAAUUUAUUUGAGGUAAAAUUUAUCAUUUUUUAUUUAUUUUAUAUGAACGGUAUCGACGAUCAUGAAAAAUGGUAACUGAUAUAAAUCAUAUACAUACAUGUGUUUAUAUGUAUUUAUACAUAUAUGUAAUUUAGGCCGAUUGGCAUUAACUGCCUUUUUUGCUGUGCUGUCAGUAUUGCAAUGCGACCAUUUUGUACUUGAAACGCUUUAUUGGAAGUUAAAAAUUAAGUUUAGAAAUUUAAUUAUAAUUAAGUUUCUUAAUGGCUACAUAACAGGAGAGAGAAAGAAUUUUAUUUUAAAGUAUAAAUAAAUAAUAUCUCGUUAUGUAUAAGUCAUUGUAAACUCACUAUGAAUGGCUCAGAAUAGCCCAAAGAAAUUGUUUGGUGAUUAAUUAGACAUCAUAUCUGGAAUAUCUGGAAUAUUAUUUCAGUGGAAUAUGUAUAUAUAGUGAGAUUCGCGCGAAAAUUUUAUAAAUCUAGCUCUUAAAUAGCACUUAUAAAGGUUAAAUUGAAAGAGUUUAUCCCAAAACUCACUAGUUCAGCGUGCAAUUCGCGCUAUUGCCAUAUACAAUUAUACUUUAUCUACGAGAUACGUAAUAUACAUUUAAGGCCAUAAUGUUGUCGGAAGUAUCAAUAACAUCAACUGCAACUAUAA